AGCUUUUGAAGAUCCUUCUUCUGAUGCGAUUCCAAGACCCCGCGCCUAGCAGAUCUUUUCCCUCUUGACUACGCGGUCCUUGUGGAGACGUUUUAGUACUCAGGAUAUACGUGAAGUAGACUCUUUUCGUUUGUAAUUUCGGAGCAACUUUUUGAAUUUAUUCCCCCACACGAGAAAGGAAAAAUGGCGGACAGUAAGGAACUGAUGUCAGGCGGUAUUACAAUGAAAAAUGCCCCCUCCCCAUAUCAAAACGGAAAUCUGUGAUGCAGAUUUGUGGUCACAAAUCAGCUUUGUGAUGCUAGAAGGCAAAAGAUGCGGACUGUAGUGCUGUCUAGCGUGGGAAAGCCUUGCAGCUCCAGGAUGACAGUGGGCAACUGGAAGUGGCAAACAGCAUGACAGAUUGCCUGCAAUUUAGGCCGCAGCUUCGUCUCUUGGCCUUCUAGCAAUACAAGUUGAUUUGUUUUUGCAAAUACAGCAUCACAAAUUCGCGCAUCUUCCGUUGUCGAUAUGGGAUGGGGGCUUUUUUCACUUUGAUAGGCGAGAUUCUCACUUUUGACCCAAAAGGAGGCGCCGCCAAGGAGAUUGACGGGAAGCGGCUGCUCGUGACGGGAGGGACCGGGUCUUUCUACUACAAUGAAAAAUUAUGCCGCCCCCGCCCCAGAAGUUUCUCAUCGACAUACGGUUUUCAAAUGAAGAACUUUCUAUCUACUAUGCAUAAAAGCUGCUGCACUCCGAGCCUUUCUGAUGCAGAAUCUUCUACGUGCGCAAGGUAUCUUUUGCGUAACAGAUCCGCCUGCUGUUCUUGGGCUCCUUUGCAACUACACAAAUUUGAGCUAUUCAGACUGGAAGUUUUCUUGUCAUGCUAAUGUACGCAAGACGGGGAGUGUUUCUUCCACUGGAAAUAAGGUUUGCAAUGCAAAUUCUGCCAAGUUUUGGGGCGGGGGCGUCUUUCAUUGUAAUACUUUCGGGCAGAAGUUUAUCGCCACGCUCCUCAACCAUUUUGAACCCGCAAAAAUUCUGGUCUUUAGCCGAGAUGAAUUGAAGCAGUCAGUGAUGCGGCAGAAGUUUGCCGAGUUGUUUCCAGAGAAGAAAGAUAUCCAGUCUAAAAACCUCCCUAUCCCAUAGUCAAGUAGAUGGGGAAUCUGCUACACAAAUCCACAAGUUUUGGGAGUCACGCAUGAUAAGUUUGCAUCUGAAGUGUAGUUCUGUUUAUCAAGGCCAGCCGCAUCACAAAGACGCCUGCUUAUUCUGUUUGCAGCAUUACAAACCUCAGAACACGAGUGGAAAUGCCCCUCGUGGUGAUGCGCAUAUACAAAUCUUUUUGUAACUGCAAAUCUGCAUGACAGCUAUGGGUGGGCACGUUUUUUCUCAGGAUAAAAGAUGUUCUGGAUUUUGUGCUCGGAGACGUCCGAGACCUUGGGCGGCUGUGCGAGGUAUCAAAUGUAAAUAUGUCUGGGUCUGCAAGAUCCAUCGCCAUGAUUGUCAUGCAUAUUUUGCGUGACCCACGAUGUCUGUAAUGCAUGUCCUAGCAUCACAGAUUUUUACGGGGCUUCCUGAUGCUUAUUCCGCAUGAGAAAUGCCGUCCCCGCGUAGCACAAACUGGGCAACUUCUCUUGCUGGUCAUGCUGCAAUACACAUUUUUUUGGAAUCCAGAAACAGCAUCACAAGUUUGCGUCCUCCCAAACAUCCAGGGAUAUUUGCAGUUCAUACGAGGUUUUCAAAAAGCUGGACCUGGUGAUCCACGCGGCCGCACUGAAGCAGGUGCCCAUGCUGGAGUACAAUCCUUACGAAGCAAUCAAGACGAACGUCCUAUCCUGUGCAAAAGUCUCGUCCUCGUAGUAAUUGCAGCAAUCCAGACACAUUAAGUGCAAAUCUUUUUCUUCAGGUAAAUCCGCAUGACAAACUUCAUUUUUCAUGUUGAGGAAAUUUGUCAUGCAUUGAUGCGAGUACGAUUAUACUUGUGCAAUUCAUAAGCCCUUGGUGCCAACAACGUCAUCCUCGCGGCGACACAGUGUGGCGUAUAUCGAAGAGAAAAAUCCGCCCUCCCCAUAUCAAAAGGAAGUUUCUGAUGCUGGAUUUGCGUACACAAAUCAGGUCUGUCUUGCAGUAGAGGACAGCAGGCAUAUGUCAAGCCUCAGUCGAGAGGUUUUGACGUAGGCGCCUAGCAUAACAAACGUGUAUGCUCUAAGCCCAACAGCAUCACAAACCGCCUGCAAAAUGCGGGGCGCUCUCUGGACUUGCCUUCUUGCAAGACAGACAGGAUUUAAGGUCACAAAUGCGCAUCACAAAUUUUCAGCCGGAUACGUUUUCAAUAUGGGGAGGGGGGAUUUUUCUUUACGAUAGCGUCAAAAAGAUUGUCGCACUGAGCACCGACAAGGCUGCCGCACCCGUGAACCUGUAUGGCGCUACCAAAUUGUGCCAGGACAAGCUGUAUGAAAUGCAAAAGUAUCGUACUGUCGUAUAAAUGCAUUACAAAUAAUUUUCUUAGCAUGAUGAGAAAUGAAAUUUGUAAUGCGGAUUUACCUUACGAAAAAGAUUUGUCAUGCAUGACUGCAAUUACUACGAGUGCGAUAUUACAACUUUUGCAGUUCAUAAGCUGAUGGUAGCGGCGAACCACGUGCAGCAGGACGGGCCCCAGGUGGCGGUGGUACUAUUGCAAGGAAAAAUCCCCCCUCCCCAUAUUCAAAGCUCAUCCGUCUGAUCAUUUGUGAUGCAGAUUUGUGACCACAAAUCGGGUCUGUCUUGCAAGAAGGCACAUCCAGGCUGUCCGCCACGUUAUGCAGGCAAUUUGUAAAAAUAUUGUAAGAGCUACAGGGUAGGAGCCGUCUACCAUGCUAGUACGCGCCUACACCGAUAGGACCUUUCCUGAGCUUGGAAGCUGCGCGCAGUCCUGCGCUGGAGCACAAAUCUGAUUUGUGUAUCCAAAUCCAGCACCAGAAAUCUCGUUUUGAUAUGGGGAGGAGGAGCUUUUCCUUUUGACAGGUACGGUACGGAAACGUGUUCGGCAGUCGCGGGAGCGUGGUCUAUGGAUUGCAAAAAUGUCUGGGUCUGGAAGAUUGCAACUUGUCAUGGUGAAUCCGAAUCAUGCAGAAGUCUGUGUUGCAUGAGUGCCAAAAGCUGUCCACGACUUUCGACCAAGUUUGGAGGGAGUUUCUCAUGCAGGAUAGGCAUGGCAGAGACCUCACAGACUUUGUCAUGCUAGGUCCCCCAUUCCAGACCUCCUGGGUCAAGAAAAACCUGCAUCACAAGUUUACACUCUUCCAGACCCAGACAUUUUUGCAUUCGAUAUGGUCCCGAUUUUUUUGAAGCAGCGCGAGUCGGGAACGCUGACGGUGACAGAUCCCACAAUGACGAGGUUCACCAUCACGCUGCAGGAGGGCGUUGCCUUUGUCCUCAACUCCCUGGUGCGGAUGCGUGGCGGCGAAAUUUUUAUUCCCAAGCUGAGCAGCUACCGUGUGGGAGACAUGGCAGAAACGAUGGCAACCUGGCAGGACUACCACUGCCAGAUCAAGGACAUCGGUCUCCGGGCCGGCGAAAAAAUGCACGAGGUAAUGGUGCCCAGGGACGAAUCUCCCAACUAUCAAGUUGAAAAAUGCGCCCACCCCCGAAUCGACGUUGGGAGCAUUUGUCUUGCAAGCCUUAUUUCCAAAUGAAACAUUCGCCCUCUUGCAGCUAUCAGCAUCGCAGAUUUCCAACCGUGAAUUAUUAUGGCAAACACUUGUAUUGCAAAAGACCCCAGCAACAGUGGCGCUUGUCAUGCAACCGAUGCGGUACACACCUAUACUCUGCAUCAGAGAGAUUCAUACUUCUUUCAUGCAUGACAAAAAAAUUGCAUUUGGAAACUUCGCAUCACAAGGUUUUUCGGCUUUGGGGGUGGGGGCAUUUUUCACUGUAGUAGCAACACGCUGGAUAUCAAAUGCAAAAAUGUCUGGGUCUGGAAACUUGUGAUGCUGGGUGGUGUCUCAUGAUGAGGCCACAAAUGCUGGCUCAGCAUGACAAGUUUCUGAGCUUCUAGGUAUGUCCUAUUCUGCAUGACAAACUGCGUCUCUGCAUCACAGAAAAAUGGAGCUGUUGGGUAACGUGCAUGACAGAUUUAAGAGUCAUUCCAGACAAGCAUGACAAACGUGCAGUCUUCCAGACCCAGACAUUUUUACAUUUAAUACUGGAGUUUCCGUAUUUCUUCAUCAUCUGCCCGGCAGGGUCCUGGUGGGAUCCCUAUCCUGAGUAAAAACGUCCCCACAUCACCAGAGUUGUCAUGCAAUUCUGCAUGCCAAAAAAGUUUCUCAUGCGGAGCCCUAUCAAAAGCAUUUUCCUUUCGUGUUUUGGAAUUUGUGAUGCUAGACUCAGCAUGAUGUGCUAGAUCUGUGAUACGUCUGAGCUAGCGAAACAGGAUUAGUUACACUAGGAGGACAAGCUUGUCAUGCCAAACAACCAAAGCUGUGUGAUUUGUCUAGCAGAUUUCCCAUCUUGACUCUGGUGAGGGGACGUUUUUACAAAUGGUAAUCCCGUGCGCGCGUUUUACAAGCAAGAGUGCGGAGCGCAGGUGGUGCCCGAGUUUUUCGAGUAUCAGUCUGGCACCAACCCGGCUUUUGUGAACGGAAAGGAAAUUGCCGAACUGCUCGAUGGCUACGUUGCGGAAAAACAACCCGCAAAAGGACCCCAAAAGUUGUCCUUGCUCGGGAAGCAAGUAGACGUCACGCGGCUGCUAAACUAAGCGGGCGAGGUAUCGUGAGAAAAAAAUGCAUACAGUUACACACAUAGUCUAUGCAGGCCAAACAAGACGAAGACAGAGAAGCCCUGUCAUGCAUUACAAGUUUUCUCUCUUAUCUGCAUUACAAGUUUUCAUCUGCAUUACAAGUUUUCUCUCUUAUGCAGACAAAUUUGUGUUGCUCAAUCGGCUACAAAUGUGUAACUGUAACACUUUUUUCCUGGUAUACGAGGAGGAGGAGGUCGUACUUGGUCUUGAUAUCAAAAGAAAAAAUCCCCCCACCCCAUAUCGAAAUGGAAAUCUGUGAUGCGGGAUUUGUGUACACACAUCGGCUUUGUCUUGCAGUAGAGGACUGCAGACAGAUACAAAACCGGACUGAGGGCGUUUUGGUGCCGGCGCCUAGCAAGGUAGGGACAUUCUCUGUAGGCCAGACAGCAUUACAAAUUGCCUGGAGAACGCGGCGGGGCUUUUUUAUUUGUCUUCUUGCAAUACAGAGACGAUUUGUGACCUCAAAUCAGCAUCACAAAUUUUGAUGAGUAUCCCGCUCUGGUAUGGGGAGGGGGGAUUUUUCCUCACAAUAAGUAGGUGUUGAUGUUCUAUCUUUCUGCGGCUGAGUACUGGUUGUAUAGUCUACUUUUUCAAAUAUUAUAUAAUUUGUGA